AAUAGAACGCGUUCAGGCGGCCGAACUGAUUCUACAUUCUACAGGUUCGAGCAGCAUUCGCCCAAAGAUUUAGGCUUGACAUUAUAGAACAUUAAAAACUAAAAUCAGAGGUCUAUAUGUUAUAUAGGAUUUUAUAAUUGUGUGGGACGUUUUUGCCAUUACCAAGAGGGGAGGACAUUGACUAUCAUGGAAACUGCUGUGUUAAAUCUGCACAGCGUGUUCGAUAAUUUGAGGUCCCAGGUUGACAUCCUAAAUGAGAGCAUUGAGCCCCAGUUCAUUCAGAUGGCAGUCAAUUUUGAGGACUGUCGUCGUAGAUGGCUCAGGGUUGAGCAAGAUUUGGGGUCGUGUAAGGAAGUGCUAUCCAAGGCAGAGACAGAGAGAGGGGCCUUGGAGGUCCAACUUAAGCAUGCCCGUAAUCAAAUUGAUGUGGAAAUUCGCAGACGCCAGAAGGCUGAAGCAGACUGUGAAAAGUUGGAUCGUCAAAUCCAGCUCAUCAGAGAACUGCUGAUAACUGAGGGGUCCAGCCAUAGCAUCCAGCUUAAUGAGGAGCAGCGCUCAGCUUUGGCCUUUCUCAACGCUCGCUCUCAGGCACCACCAAACCUCAACACAAGCCGGAGACUGACCACCAUUGAUGAAUCAGCUUCCAUUCUGUCAGACAUCAGCUAUGAUAAAACCGAUGACUCCUUGGACUGGGACUCCUCUGUCGUGAGGACUGUGCGACUCAAGAAGCGAGAGAAGAGGCGCUCAUCCCGCAACCACAUUGAUGGUCCACCAUGUGCUUCCAAAAGAUCUCGUUCAACUGGCAGAACUUCGGAAAGGGGAAAUGAGUCUAUUGUUGCCAAGACUACAGUGACUGUGCCUGCUGAUGGAGGACCUGUGGAGGCCAUCUCCACUAUCGAGGCUGUUCCCUAUUGGACCCGCAGUAAGAGAAUGACUGGCGUCAUGGAGUGGGACUCUGAGUCUGUCCAGUCUGAGAACGUCUUCAAACAGCCCAGCAGGCCUGAGAGAGAGACAAGGGCGCCUAGCACACCACAGAGCAAUGGGGGCGUUCGUCUUCAUGAGUUCUGUUCUAAAACGGUUAUUAAGCCUGAGUCAUGUGUGCCCUGUGGUAAGAGGAUCAAAUUUGGGAAGAUAUCCCUGAAGUGUCGCGACUGCAGAGUUGUUACUCACCCUGAGUGCCGUGAAAGGUGUCCCUUGCCCUGCAUCCCCAACCUCGGUGGCACUCCUGUCAAAAUAGGAGAGGGCACGCUGGCUGACUACGUCUCGGCCACAUCUCCUAUGAUUCCCUCUCUGGUGGUGCACUGUGUCAAUGAGAUUGAGCAGAGGGGGCUGCAUGAGGUUGGGCUGUACCGCCUAUCUGGUUCAGACCGCACAGUAAAGGAUCUGAAAGAGAAGUUCCUGCGUGGCAAGACUGUUCCGCUGCUAUGCAAGGUGGAUGACAUCCACGCCAUCACAGGCCUCCUUAAGGACUUCCUGAGGAACCUCAAGGAACCUCUCCUCACUUUCCGUCUGAACCGUGCCUUCAUGGACGCAGCAGAGUUAGCUGAUGAGGACAACAGCAUUGCCCUGAUGUACCAGACUAUCAGUGACCUGCCCCAGGCCAACAGGGACACCCUAGCCUUCCUGAUCAUUCAUCUACAGAGAGUCGCCCAAAGUGUUGACACAAAAAUGGACAUCACCAAUCUGGCUCGGGUGUUUGGGCCAACCCUUGUUGCUCAUGCAGUGCCUGACCCAGACCCCAUGACAAUCCUGCAGGAUACUAAACGCCAGCCUAAGGUUGUGGAGCGUUUGCUGGCCCUGCCAGUGGAGUAUUGGAGCCAGUUCAUGAUGGUGGACCAGGAGCACCCCCACCCAGACCACAUGAUCAUUGAGAAUGCCAACUGCUAUGCCACUCCUGACCACAAAGUGAGCAUGCUGGGGCCCCUCACCACUCCAGAGCACCAGAUGAACAAAACCCCAUCUACUAGUUCCCUGUCUCAGCGCAUGAAAUCCACUCUGACCAAGACACCCAAAUUUGGGAGUAAAAGCAAAUCUGCGGUUGGAUUUUCUCGCCAAGGAAACUUCUUUGCCUCUCCACUCCUCAAGUAAUCCAAAGCAGGAAUCCAUCUGGAGAGCAGCUUUGCUCAUCUGCCGGGAAACCCUGCAAUAUUCAGCGAUAAUUUUUUAAACUUUUCUACAUUCCACAUAAUCUAACAGUGCUUCUACAGCAACUAUAAACUCCUUUUUGUGUGUUUUAUAUUUCAAAAUUGUAAGAGAUGUUAUGUUUUGUGUGUCUGACCUUAAAGCAGCCAUAGUCAAUACAACUGCCAGUGUUUUUAGAGCUUUGUUUUUGGGCUCAUUUUAGAUGUUCUUCUUUUACUAUCAUAACCAAUGAAUGAUGUUUGUACAGUUUGUGGCCUGCUGUGAUUAUCCAGUAAGAGGAAUUUGUAUGCUUCGGCAUUUUUGCCUGAUUUACGUAAAAAAAAUGUUUAAUUCAAAAUACUAUUCAACUCAUGUGUCACUCAGUAGUUGAAAAUCGACUUAACUGCCAACCAUUGAAAUUGAGUUGAGCUGUUGAAGUAAGAUUGCAUGUGACAAUUCUAUUGUAUUUGUAAUGUAUGCAUUCUAAUGUCAGGCAAAUUAAGAACUCCUUUAUUUUGACCGGACAUGUUUCGUUUUCUGUUUCUAUCAGUGAAGCCACAGCAUGUGAUUUUAAUCUGAUUUUAAGAUGUUUAGCAGCAUACAACUUGGUCAAGUUUGAGUGAUUUAUUAAUCAGAUAUAUGUAUAGUAGUAAGCAAGCAGCUAUAAGGAGUGUUAAUGUGCCGAUUGCAUGUUUUAAAGGACAGCAUUUCAUAUUUUUUCAUAAUGAGUGUUCUAUAAGCUACACUCCAAAUGGUCCUUGGACCUUGUCAUAACAUGAACAGAAUAUUACUGAUGUUCUGUUGGCAUUGCAUUGGAUCUGAUCAUUUACUGCCCUCUGAUGUUUGCAUAAGAGGAGGUUGAUUUAUAUCACUGGUGUUUAUCACCAGUGAAUUUUUCAAUGGAAAUUGUGACAUUUGAACUGAUUUGUGGAGUCUGUGAUUUGUAAAAUGCUUAAUACAGUACAUUUAAAAAAA